AUGUCUCCCGUGAGCAUAUCCAAGGGGACUACAUCCUCACCCUCCUCAUCCUACACCCAAAUGGCCGACACAGAUCUCGAAUCAAUCGGCCGCCACUGCCAAUUCGAAUACUGCGGCCAACUCGACUUCCUCCCCUUCCGCUGCGAAUCCUGCCGAAGCACCUUCUGCCUCGACCACCGAUCCGAAACCGCCCAUAAAUGCCCUCACGCGGGUGAAUGGGCCCGUCGGCGCAACGGUACACAUAACCUAGAAGAGAACCGCACCGCGCCCCAAAAGCCCAACAUCUACAACUCCGAUCAAUGCGCCCACAUCUCCUGCAAAACACUCAUCAAUACUCUCAAAGACCCCGGCGUGCGCUGCCCGAACUGUAAUCGCCAGUACUGCCUUAAGCACCGGCUUCGAGAGGAACAUGAGUGCGCCAAGAUUACCCCGCUGGGCGCACGGCAAGGCAACAGCCCAAAUGAGACGAUAAAGUCGAUGUUCUCGCGAAUGCGGACCUGGGGUAAGGAGAAACAAGUUGCGACGUCGAAUCUCAUUCCGAAGCCGAAAGUUAAGCCCAAUAGUCCGGCGGCGCGUAUCGCAAGUGUCAAUGCUAUGAAGCGGUCGGCGAAGGGCGAUGCUGGGGUCCCCGCUGAUAAGCGUUUAUAUUUGCAUGUGGUCGGGACGGCAGAUACUCAGGCUGCUGAGCCACCGGCGAGUGACUUUUAUUACGACUCGCGGUGGAAGGUUGGUCGUGUGCUCGACGAUGCGGCCCGCAAGUUGAAGGUCGAGAAUUUGAAUAAUCGCGGCGGUGGAGAGGAGGCACGGUUGCGAAUCUUCCACGUUGAGUCUGGUGAUUUCUUGGAGUUUUCGGAUACGAUUGGUGGUGGCAAACUCAAGUCGGGCGAUACUAUCGUGUUGUUGCGAGGUGCUGGCUUGGUUCUCGAGAAAUCGUGA